AGUGAAGCUGCCGAGGACCCGCCGCCCGCGCCGCCGCCAUGGUUAUGUCCCAGGGCACCUACACGUUCCUAACGUGCUUCGCUGGUUUCUGGCUUAUCUGGGGGCUCAUCGUCCUCCUGUGCUGCUUCUGCAGCUUCCUGCGCCGCCGCCUCAAACGGCGCCAGGAGGAGCGACUGCGUGAGCAGAACCUGCGCGUCCUCGAGUUGGACUGGGUCUUCACUGGACCGGUGGCCCCAACCGAGGAGGGCGCGGGCUGGGCCUGGCGUUGGCUAAGGUUUCUGCGGGAGGCUGGAGACUUGGCUAAGGUUUCUGCGGGAGGCUGGAGACGGGUGGUCUCACACCUUCGGACCGCUUCCCACUCCACAGCGGAAUCGGACAUGUCCAAGCCUCCGUGCUACGAAGAGGCGGUGCUGAUGGCCGAGCCGCCGCCGCCCUACAGUGAGGUGCUCACGGACACCCGCGGCCUCUACCGCAAGAUCGUCACGCCCUUUCUGAGCCGCCGCGACAGCGCAGAGAAACAGGAGCAGCCGCCGCCCAGCCGGGUCUUCCCCAGCUGGACCGACUCAGAGCUCAACAGCCGCGAGCCGCUGGAGCCCGGAGCUUGGCGCCUGCCGGUCUCCAUCCCCUUGUUUGGGAGGACUACAGCCGUAUAGAGGGGUGCCCGGCGACCCGAGCCCCAACAGUAGACUCCUGGCCUGACUGAGAGGCUUUUUAAAUACUUCCCUUGGACUGCGGGGGGUGGGAGGGAUUUCUUACCCCAUUUGUUACAUUUUGAGGAUAAUAAAGGUGUGUGAUCUGGUUUGGUACAA